AUGCACGAAAUAGGUUACAUUAGAGAUUGGAGACCUGAAAUAGCACAUGCUGUUCGUGCACUGAGUUCAACACAUGUUAUGGAGAAAUUCACUGAAGAGCAGCAAACGGUGUUUUGUGCUAUCGGAAAGGAUCAGCUGAACUUGGACUUUCAUUUGCACCCAGAUCGGAAUUUCCCCAAAAAAAUUAAUGCGGAUUGGGCCAGCUGUUCAAUGGAUACGCGUUCGUACAAGGCUUGCAUUUUUAUUCUUGGCAAUUACGCUAUUUCUUGCAAAUCCAAGAAACAGAGAACAAUCGCCUUGUUAUCAACAGAAGCCACAUGUAUGGGACUUGCAGAAGCUGCCAAGGACACCAUGCACCUUAGAGGAUUCCGGAAAGAAUUAGGAUUCGUGAGUCUGGUUAACAUAACGGUUCUGAAUGACAAUAUGGGAAAACACUUCUUACGUGAAGCGUUGCAAAAGAAGCAAUUAAAGCUGAAACAUGUCUCGACGCUAAACAUGGUUAUUGACAUGCUAACCAAAGCAUUGCCGAGGUCAAAGCAUCAGCUAUGUUUGGAAGUAUUGGUCCUUGGAAUUUUGAGGUCGUCUUCUAAUCAUCGAAACCCCCUCCCAGUCAAAUGUUACAUAAAUCGAAUAUCUUGCCAUUAG